GUCAAUAGUUGGGGCUCUCUGGCCACAAAUCUCUAUACAGCUGCUUCGCCUCAUGUAUGGAGCUCGAGGAUAGGCAUCCAUCCCAACCGACAAUAACGAUACAUCGCAAGUUUACGACCCGGCCACUUGGCAGCCCCGAUCUUGCAGAGUGGGACCCCACUUACAUAGGCUUCAUUUGCCUCGUCCCCACCAUUGAGACUGCAAAGCUCGCCCCUACAUAGCUGCUUCGUCCUGGAUAUGCACAAGGCACGAGGCUAGGCAUCCAUCCUGCAGUACGAUACAACGGGGUUAACAGCUCGACACAGCAAUAUUGCCUGCCAGCUGAAGUUCCAUAGUGUGCCCAAUCGCCAAAUAGGAUCCGAUGAGGGCAUUCCACUAGCCGCCCAGGGGGCUGGCGCAUCUUUUGCUGACUAUUGCUAAGUCGGGCUCGGCUCCGUGGCGCUCGGCUAUAUCUCUGGCUACGCAUCGUGCUACAAAGAUAUCUGUAUAAAUACGUAGUCAAGCCCUCUCCAUCCAGUCUUCUGAAUCGUCUGCUCCUCAAGAGACUCAAGGCAAUCAACUCUCCUCCCCCAUUCCCUCAUCAACACAGCAGCGCACACAUCACCACGCUUAGGCUCAGGCUCAGGCUCCACCUCGUCACCAUGAAGACCUCCUUCUCCCUCGCCUCUCUGGCCACCGCCCUCGCCUUUGUCCAAGGCGGGCUUGCCGCCCCGGCCGGAGCCUCGGAGCCUGUCACCCUCCUGGACCGCGACAACGCGGCCGACGUUGCCGCCUACGAGGCCUCGCUUGCCAAAUGGAAGACGGAGAACAACUGGGAGCAGCCCAAGCUCAGCAAGCGGUACCCCGAGUUCUCCAUCUACACUUGCGAGAAUAGCAACUGGGUCUCCCCCUGCUGGUACCACGAGUUUGACAGCUCGGAGCAUAACCAGAUGAAGGCGGGGGCUCCCGCCGUCUGGGUUUCUGGACAGGUCCGCUCCGUCGGUCCGGGGGCGAGGACGACUUGUGUCCUGUACACCAGCUCUGGACAAUUCUGGUUCUCCAACCCUGGCAGUGGUGGUGUUAACCUCCCGGGCCCCGUCAACAACUGGAAGUGCUUCUGGUAAAUGCGCUUCAAAGGAACACUGCCAAAGAAUGGUUGAUCGCGAAUGGGAGCCGGACGGAUCGUUUUCAAAUAGGCCUGCAUGCCUCCCUGUUUCUUUCUCGACGCUCUUUAGUUGUGCCUAUGCGCGCGGGCAGGUUUAUUCUACCCCCUCUUUUUCUUUAUGCCCUCUUGAUCUCCAACGGUCCUUGGAUCGAGAAUGCUGUGUUGGGUGUGACAAAUGGAGGGAAAAGGAAAAUCUCACAAGUGAUUAUUGCAACAAAACUGCCUGGAAUACUGCUGUCAAUAAGGGGCAUUGGGAUUUUUGGAAAUGUGGGACUGGAGUCAGGUCAGAUGAGUUUGGGGGAGGGCUAGCUAGGUUGUAAAUUUAUUUCGCAAAUAUAUCAGCGAUUUCAAUACAAAGA